AUGGAAACAGAUCUGCACAAGGAAAGAAUUCAGCAGAGAAUCAAAUUUGGUAACAGUGGAGAGGAUGCGACUAAUGACAUAUACCUUCGUAUCAUACAGAUGUUUGGCUGCAUAGAGAAGACUACAACGAAGCAGAUAACAAGACUACAAAUACUGGAUGAGGUCAGGAUAGAAAUUUCUGUGGACGACAUUUUAAUCGAUUGGAAAAAGAACUCAAUGAUAAGUGAAACGAUCGCCGAUAGUAUAGUAAUUAUGAUACUUGGAUUGCAUGCGGGUAAAAAGAGCGUCUUAUCUGAAUCUGGACUAAGAGAGAGAGAAAGUGAUGCCUGGAAGAUUCAAGAGUUGCAAAAUCUGUUCCAAGAACAAUUUGGAGACAGCUUCAGUGCUAAUGAAGGGGUGGGAGAACAAGAAGAUGUAAGAAAUGGCAGUGUUACCAUAGGAAAGAGCAAAGCGGUAAUUGAUUUCUCCACUAUGAAAUUGGUUGAUUGCAAUUCGAAUCCACUCAAGGGGAGAGUAGAGAGCAUACUAAGUAUUGGACAAAAACUAACCACUCCAUUAUGUUAA